GCUUAGCCUCAAAGCCUCAGUUUGUUAUUAUUCACCUUGAAAGGAAACAACCUUGAACUAUACACUGGGAAAACUGCGGUUAACGAGCCUCUAUGAGCGAGCAACGCUACAACUCGUUUACUAAUAUAAUAAGUUUCUCGUCUCCAGUUAAGAGAGGACUCCAUUCUUAGAAACUCCCUAAGUAGCGAUAAGAAAGAGAUUAGCUAUUAUUUACCGGAAUUAAACAUCAGAUUGCUUUGUUGUUUGAAGUAACGGUGUUUGUUAUUGUUUACCUAAACUGUUCAAGCCAGGUGUAAAUACACCCCUAUGUAACUCAUUUAGCUCAUAUAUCCCAUCAAAAUGUGUAGACACACGUAUAUUAACAACUUGCGAGUGUCACGCGAAUACAAAUGGCCACUUUCAAGUCUGUGAAAUGUUAAAAAUAACAUGUUAAAUUACAUCUCCGAAUGCGAUAUUAAUCCUCCAACAUAAAAACAGUUCGGUGUAGCGGUCACAGGCGUAGGAGUUUAGCCAGCAUUAGCAUAUUCUCGAGGAUAUUUGAGGCCAGAAAUACGCAUAAUGACAGAUAACACGUUUUUAUUGGUAAAUAAACAGGUAUGAGUUGUAGAAAGGAACCAUCACUCCGGCUCAUGUCACUCGGGCCAGAGCGCAAAUACGUACAACAACAAAGCCAAACAAACUCACUUUCCAGCCAUAUGCUUGCCAUUUAUAGCUCCCCGACACUUGUCAAAUUUCUCUGGAUGAUUAAAAGGGCCUAAUGGCACAGAGGAAGGGUAAUAUGUGGGCAUUUAAGGGCUUGUUGAUCAUUGUCGUACGCAUUCGACAUUUGGCCUGAAUGUCCGUGACGUCACGAUAACUAGUGGAAAAAGUGAAGAUGGCUGCCUUGGAUGACAGCCUUACAAAUUUUGAAGGACAAAAAUGGUCCUUAUGGGCCGAAAGGCUCGGCAUGAAUAGUCCAGCAAGUGACUCAGAAGACGAGGAAAAUGCUAAAUCUAGGCGAGAAUCAACGACAACUCGUCUUAAAAAAGAAGAAAUGUCUAUAUAUGGAUAUUGUCCUCGUUGGGAAGACUUCUACCUGGUGGUUUGUGACGUUUGUGGACAUGCAAUAAAACCACAGGCCCUGAAGCAGCAUAUAGAUAAAUGUCUCAGCUGGAGGAAGUGUUGUAUAACAAGUUCAAGUCUCUGCAUCAAAGAUCUCCGUCAUGGAGGAGUUGUCACCCCAGUCAAGUCUUCAGGUGGAGCAAGAGUAUCAGUGUCAUCAAGCAGCAAAACACCCAAGACCAGAGGUCGAAUUCACACCACAAAUCCCGUCGUAAAACUUGAAGGAAGAAUUGACAGCAGAGUUUCACUGGAGGGAAAUCAUAUCUCUCAUGUUCCUAGUGAUUCUGGUGUCAGUAGGAGUAACAGUAUAAGCAGCAGCAGCAUCAGUAGCAGCAUUAGCACUAGCAGUCGAGUUGGAGGGCUGCCAGGCUCCCCAAGGUGUGAGAUGUUGCCAUCUCCUGGUAGCCUUUCAGUGGUUUCAAUGAAGGCUGAGGUGAAGACAGAAGAUGGUUUAGAUUGUGGGCUUGAUCUCCUGCCUCCACCACAAUCUUUGCCAGCAACUUUACCACCACCAGCCCCACCUGAGCCUCCACAUCACACGCUACCACACCCUCCAACACAUUCAGGGCCUCCACCCACCAUUGGACCUCCCAGUAUAGGCCCACCUAGUGCUGGACCUCCUAGCAUUGGGCCUCCAAGUAUUGGCCCACCCAGUGUAGGGCCUCCUAGUGUAGGGCCACCUAGUGUAUCUUGCCCGAGUGUAACACAUCAGGGAAUGGUGACCCUAAGUGGACCUCCAAGUAGUAUGGGAGGAACUUCUGUUGUUGGAGUUUCUAUGCUUACUCAGAAUGUAUCCAGUGUAGAGGAGGAGGUCAACAAAAUAUCAGCAAUGUUACAAGCAGAAGCAGAAGCUCUUACUGCUUCUCAAAAUCUCAUAGCAAGUUCCUCCAUGGACAUGGAUGCAGGUCUAGUUGGGUCUCAUGACAUAGUGGAGGCUCGAGGUCAAGCUGCUGGCAGUGUGACCACCACCGGUUCUGGUCUUGGGGGCAGACAAGGGAUGAUGGUAAACAGUCAGACCAUGGGCUCUGUGCCAGUGCCUAUGAGUCACAUGUCCAUGGCAACACUAAACCAGAUUCAGGCAGACUUGUUAGCCACUGUAAGUGAGUCAGAUCUUAAUGCUGUUCUCAAUGCCACACCUGAAACCUCUGACCUGGAACAUACAGUUCUUCCCAAUAAUUCUCAUACUCAGUGCUACUUAAAUGAAAGUGGUAGUUUGACAUAUAUUGACCAACAAACUGUAAAUACUAAUAAUUACGGUGAAACUACUGAACCCCCAGAAUUAAGUAUUGAGAAGGUAUUACCUCAGCGGUACAAUAAUGAACAGUUAUCAAUGCCCGUUCUAGAGCAAAUCACAAAUGAAGUUUUGUCAGAAGCUGAUGCUUGUGUGCACAAUCUUGAGGGAGUGACAGCUGAUGUACAAGGACAGUAUACAAACAGUACUCAGUCUGAUCUUAUUGAAGUACCUGUUGAAUCAUUUAGUUUUGAUGAAAUUGAAAAAAUAUCAUCUCAGUGUGAUGAACUAACAAAUGCAGUUAAUUCAAUAACUCAGUUAUGUCAAGGUGGGAGCAGUGGAUUAGAGUCACAGCUAGCGGGCUUGUUGCAACAGCCAACAUCUACCCCAGCACCGUCCCCCUCCUUAAGUGCACAAUCAGCCCCUGCUGGCAACUCCAUCAGUGCUGCACCCACCUUGGGAACCUCCAGCCAGGGUAUCACUGUAGUCAUAGGAGGCGGGGCACAACCAACCGUUAGUACUGUUGCAUCUCAGCCCUCACUCUCCAUGCCUACUUUAGCUGCCACAUUAAAGAAACCAGUUGUAUCUACGGGAGGGCCACAGCUAGUGUCUCCAGGUCCUGUUACAUCAACACAAGUGCACACCCCGUCUCACACACCAACUCAUACUCCUGCUCACACUCCAACGCACACAACAACCCAACACACUUCUGGGUCAUCCACCCUCACGCCAGCCCCUCCAACACCGUCACCUAAAAAAUCGAGCAAAAAGAAAAAGCCUGGUGAAAGAAAACUUUUACCUCUUAAGGAUAGAGAAUAUGAUCCUGAGGUUCAUUGUGGUGUUGUAGUGGCAGAGACUGGGAAGCCCUGUACCCGUUCCCUCACCUGCAAGGCCCACUCUCUUACUUUGCGGCGAGCUGUAACCGGAAGAUCUAAAAAGUUUGAUGAUCUCCUCUUAGAGCACCGAGCAGCCAAGGAAGCACAAACCAGAGCUGCUAAACCUCCAGAUGCAGCUACAGGUCUUGUACAAGGCACCCCACCCCGUGGCCCGGUCAUGGCCACCACUAGCAGCGGAGGGAUGGUGGUAGGUGGGGCUGCUGCUACAUCCCCUCUCCUGGUUAAAUCUUUGGGGGGCACCGCGACCACAAUAGUGACUCCGGGUGACCCUUCUCCCAACCCACCCCUACAUCAUCCAAUGGAUCCCCCCAGCACCCCGUCGCACACCCAUGCCACGCCCCCCUCUCCUGCAUAUUGGCCGCCUACUCCUAGGAUUCCUCCGGCCCUCGUACCUGCAGAUAAUUUUUAUGUUCGAGAGCCGCCCAAGCCUCUUGCUACAUGUUCGUACAACUGUAGAAGACUAGGUGGAUACUUGGCCUCUGAUCACCGGGCGGACUUGUUACGCAGUGCAUUCCGUAAUGCUCUGAAGAAGCCCCAUCCAGGCUCUGUACUCACAGACUCUAGCAUCAGCAAUGCUUUAAAUAUUGGUGGUACUCAAGAGAGAUUUGUAAAUGUCAAACCCCUGUUAGCUAAAAAGUUGCAGCUAACUGUCCCUUCAGGGUCUGGCAGUAAGGACGGCAUAAGUGUGAGCACCGGGUACAACGGUCAUAUCCAUGUCGGUAAUAGCAUGGGGAUUGUGAAUAGCAGUGCAGUGGCGGCAACACUUAAACGACCCACCCAAGCUGAAACCUUAAAAAAUAAUGCUACUCCUAUCACCAGUGCCAAAAAUAAAAAUAAAAAAGUGAAAACAAAUGAUGGUGCUAUCAAUAUUGUGGGAAAUGUAUUGCAACUUGACGCUAGUGGGAACAAGAACCACAUUCCUGUUGUUGUCAGUUUGCAAAAUGGCUUGUCGAACAAUCAGACUAUAACUUUAAGUAAUGUAGCAAUUGCUGGAGUUAGAAACUCUACUACUCAACCUAUUCGAAUAAACCCAUCCACACCCACCAAUUUUGGGAGAGACUCGUCAGUUACGGACACACGGCAAGGCAACAGUGAUAAUUCAAACAUUUUUCUUGGGUCUGGUUUACCGGGUGGAAUUGUGAUAUCUGACGCUUUAGCAAAAUCGUUCAAAAGUGAUGGUGCUGGGAGUAUUCGAUUAGAACUUCACAGCAAUACUUUUGGUGAUGCAUCAAGAUUGGUCACAAAUACUGCCAAAGUAAGUGGUAGUGGAGUUGCAAAUACAGUGGGUUCAGGUGUUGGUGGGGGCAGCAAUACUGUUGGGGGGUGGCGAGUCGAGUCUCAGCUCCUGGCCCUGAAAUAUGGUAGUAUUAGUGCCACCGGGUCAAUCUUUGCCUCAUACUGGCACUGCAAAAAUACUUGUCUCACACUGGCACCACGUGUCAACCCGUACCUCACACUGGCACCACGUGUCAACCCGUGUCUCACACUGGCACCACGUGUUAACCCGUGUCUCACACUGGCACCACGUGUUAACCCGUGUCUCACACUGGCACCACGUGUCAACCCGUGUCUCACACUGGCACCACGUAUCAACCCCUGUCUCACUCUGGCACCACGUGUCAACCCGUGUCUCACACUGGCACCACGUGUCAACCCGUGUCUCACACUGGCACCACGUGUCAACCCCUGUCUCACUCUGGCACCACGUGUCAACCCCUGUCUCACUCUGGCACCACGUGUCAACCCGUGUCUCACACUGGCACCACGUGUCAACCCGUGUCUCACACUGGCACCACGUGUCAACCCGUGCCUCACACUGGCACCACGUGUUAACCCGUGUCUCACACUGGCACCACGUGUUAACCCGUGUCUCACACUGGCACCACGUGUCAACCCGUGUCUCACUCUGGCACCACGUGUCAACCCCUGUCUCACUCUGGCACCACGUGUCAACCCGUGUCUCACACUGGCACCACGUGUCAACCCGUGUCUCACACUGGCACCACGUGUCAACCCGUGCCUCACACUGGCACCACGUGUUAACCCGUGUCUCACACUGGCACCACGUGUUAACCCGUGUCUCACACUGGCACCACGUGUCAACCCGUGUCUCACACUGGCACCACGUGUCAACCCGUGUCUCACACUGGCGCUGCUAGCAGUCAAUUAUUUGGGAAAUCAUUCGAAUUACAUUUAA